GCUGAAGACUCGACCGCAUCGGAUAAUGACGGUGGCGAACGCCCUGUCCGGCACAAACUAAAGGAGACCUCCAUUACGUCGAAUCCGGUCGAGACUGCGAGCAGAGCGAGUAGCAGGGGCCGCAAGAGGUCUCAUGACGACUCGGAGAACGAGAUGCGAGACGACUACUCUGAAACCUCGGAUUACGUUGGUCACAGAAGGAAGAGAUCGCGCGACUCUAAGCUCGAUGAUGAUAACGAUGUGACUACACCCCCGGACGUGGAAAAGGCAAGGGAUAUCAAUGAUAGCGCGGGUCAGAUCCUGAGUCCAAAGAAGAAGCGCAGCAGGGACCAACUGGACAAAGACAUCUCCGCGAAGACGCAGGAAAAUGUUACCUCGAAGAGUAACCUAGGAAUUCAGAAAGACACCGCUGAAGGGCAGCCGGAGAAGAAGCGACACCGGGACAAUUCGCAGGAAAGAAUCUCUGCCCAACCAAAGGCUAUCUCCGGUGCCUUUUCCAACGCCUCCGCCGUUUCUCCGUUUGGUUCUUUUGGAUCCGCAAAACCCGAGACCUCGCAAAAGGAGGAGACUUUACCGGAUGCCGAUCGAGUUACAUCCCCUUCUGCCUUUGCUUCUUCGAGCCUGGCUGCCUUUUCUGGUUCGGAAAAAUCUCCAUUUGGGUCUAUUGGAACCUCGACAGCUUCCGUUUUCAAGUCGGUCAGCACAGCAUCCGACAAACCAGCUAUCACGGGGUUUGCAGCCGCUGGCGGGGCCUCUCCCUUUGCCACAAGUGGUGCUUCUUCUGGGUUUUCAGGGCUCGGGUCGGGAUUUGCAGGUUUUGGCGGUGGUUUCGGGGCGGCAGCCAAGCAAACAGGUGGUGGGCUAACUACCUUCGCCUCCCCCAGUGGCCCCGGCCUCCUUGGGGGCACUUCCCAGGCUAAGUCCUUUGGGGUACCAGCAGAGGAGGAGAGCGAGAAUGAAGAUAAUGACGAGGAAGGCGAAGCCGGUGCCAAGGGAUUCGAAAAGGAAACCCCGGAUGAAAGAUUUGUUGAGCAGCAGGCUGUCCAAACAGGCGAGGAAGAAGAGAGGACUCGGUUCAGCUGCAAGGCGAAACUCUUUUCCUUCUCAGGGAAGGAAUGGAAAGAACGCGGACUCGGCACAUUCAAGGUCAACGUUAAGGAAUUACACGAGGCGGAGGGCGGCAGUAAGACGGCCGCCCGCAUGAUCAUGCGCGCUGACGGUGUCUUGCGGGUGAUGCUGAACACGCCGAUCUUCAAGGGCAUGCUCGUGGGCGAUCCCAAGGGCGAUGAGCCCAAGUCCAGACAGAUCCACUUGGCUAGUCUGGAAGACGGCAGAUCUGUUCCUUUAUUGCUUCGAGUAAAGGCAACGCCGUCGCCAUCACGAACUGCUUCUUUAUUACCCCAGCGAGCACGGCGCCAUGCUGAUUUUGCUGAAAUGGAUGGCUCUAUAUCCGAACCGGCGGAUCUGGAACCAGAAUCAUUGAAACGAAAAAGAGAGUCUGGGACUGAUGUACCAGUUGAUGCUCUGAGCGGCGCGUCGGGGGGUUCCUCCUCUGCUACGGCCGCGUCGACGACGACAAAGGCAGUUCCUACAAAAGGGAGCCAUGAUUCUUGUGAGGCAAAUGAUGAAGAAUGCAGACCUGGACAAAAAUGCAGUAAGAAGAAGAAGAAGCAAAAAGAGGAGGGGACUGGAAAAUCCGGCCGUAGUAGGUCGCGAACCGCCACACCGAAGCGGACGCCCUCUGGUCCCUGGCCUGAGCCACUCAAACAACUCGCGAUAACCUACAAGGCCUUGAAUCUUGUGUAUACAUUCUGCUGUACGCGGAAGCACUUCGCAACUACGUUUGAGAAUAUCAAGGGCGCCGUGCAGGCCCAGCUCCGGGGGCGGGAGCUGACGGUGGAGGAUAUCGCACGAGUGAGCGUGCUGGUCCCGCGAGCCGUGAGGUUCGAGUAUGUGGAUGAGGCGAGCUUGGAGGUGAUGAUUGCGGCGGAGAAGGACUCGCGGGAUUGGGGAGGCGGAGGCGACAAGAACCGCGGGGAGAUCACUACAGUGCUGCUGUUUGAGUUUCUCGAUGGGGAUUUGAAACGCCAGGUACAGCAUCCUAAGACGGGGGAGCCGACCAAUCCUCGACGAAGGAUGAGAGAUGAAGAUCUAAAGAUGCCGGUCUUCAGCCAGAAACAGAUGCUCGGUCUGAUUGAAAAACGAAACGCCAAGUUUACCGAUGCCAUCGACGCCUUUCUGGUUCAGUGUGAGGAUGAGGGUUUGGACCCGGUUGAGAAACUGGAACGGGAGAAGGAUGGCUUCAUACCGAGACCUCCGCGACUCGACACCCCGGGCAAUCAAACAACAGUAAUAGCAAAGCCACCGCGGGAGAUCCCCAAAGAGCGCAAGAGCAUCGCGGAGAUCAUUGCCGAGAUCAGGCAGAUGGAGUGGUACACGGCGCAAAUUGUGCCGGACGGACACCGGGUGUUUGACGCUCAGCCGCCGGUAUACGGCGAGCUGGCCUUCCAGCUCUCCCAGAAUCUGGUCAAUGCACUGUUCAACACAAAGGGGAUCACGCAGCUGUACUCGCACCAGGCCGAGGCGAUCAAUAAACUUUACGAAGGGCACAAUGUCAUUGUCUCCACAUCGACCAGCUCCGGCAAAUCCCUCAUCUAUCAAAUUCCCAUGCUUCACGAACUGGAAAAGGACCCAGAGAGCCGAGGGAUGUAUAUUUUUCCAACCAAGGCUUUGGCGCAAGAUCAAAGGCGCAGUAUGAAAAAUCUGCUGCAGUUCUUGAGCGGGCUGGAGGACACCUUGAUGGAAACGUUUGAUGGCGACACCCCCAUGGAGUCCCGGAACGCUAUCCGUGACGAGGCCCGGAUCAUCUUCACCAACCCGGACAUGCUGCACAUCACCAUCCUCCCGCAGGAGAGUUCCUGGCGAACAUUUCUGAAGAACCUGCGGUUCGUGGUGGUGGAUGAGCUGCACGUCUACAACGGUCUCUUCGGGUCCCAUGUGGCCUUCAUCAUGCGACGGCUGAGACGGAUCUGCGCCGCCAUUGGCAACCGGCAUGUGCGGUUCAUCUCCUGCUCGGCAACGGUUGCAAACCCGGAAGCCCACAUGAAGGCCAUUUUCGGCAUCGAAGACGUGCGGCUAGUAGACUUUGACGGGUCCCCAUCGGGCCGCAAGGAGUUUAUCUGCUGGAAUACACCCUACAAGGAUCCCGGCGAUCCCACGUCGGGUCGCGGCGACAGCGUCGCAGAGACCGCUCGGCUGGUCUGCCAAUUAAUUCUGCGCGGGGUAAGGGUAAUUGCAUUCUGUCGGAUCCGGAAGAUGUGCGAGAUUCUAUUGCAAGCGGUGCGGACGGAAUUCGACGCCCUAGGCCGACCCGAGGUCGGCAAGUUUGUUAUGGGAUACCGAGGCGGGUACAGCCCGCAAGACCGACGGCGGAUCGAGCGGGAGAUGUUUGACGGGAAGCUGAUGGGCAUCGUGGCUACGAACGCGCUGGAACUCGGUGUGGACAUUGGAUCGCUGGAUGCGGUCGUCACACUAGGGUUUCCCUAUUCAAUCUCCAACCUGCGGCAGCAGAGCGGGCGAGCGGGCCGGCGCAACAACGAUUCGGUCUCUGUGCUGGUGGGCGACAGCUACCCGACGGACCAGCACUACAUGAAGAACCCGGACGAGCUGUUCACCAAGCCCAACUGCGAGCUGUUGGUCGACCUAUCAAACGAGCUGAUCCUCGAGGGUCAUGUCCAGUGCGCGGCGUACGAGAUGCCCAUCCGGCCGGACGAGGACCGCGUGUACUUUGGCGGCGACGCGCUGGCCGCCCUGGCGCGGAGCAGACUUGUCCCUGACGCGCUGGGCUUCUUCCACUGCCAUGCACGCUUCCGGCCCCAGCCGUCACGCUGCGUCUCGAUCCGCGACACGGAGGACGAGCACUUUGCCGUGAUCGACACGACGCACGAGCGCAACGUCGUCCUAGAAGAGGUGGAGGCCUCGCGCGCGUUUUUCACCAUCUACGAGGGCGGGAUCUUCCUGCACCAGGGCCAGACCUUCCUCGUCCAGGAGCUCAAUCCAGAGGGACGCUUUGCGCGCGUCGUCCGCGUGCACGUCGACUGGAGCACGAUGCAACGCGACUACACGGACAUCGACCCGAUUGAAACCGAAGCCAUCCGGACAAUCACAUGCACCGAUACCUCCGCGUCAGAUCUGCCAGGAGGUUCUUGUCGCGCGUUUUUCGGCGUCAUCCAGAUCCACGCCGUCACCUAUGGCUUCUUCAAGGUCGACAAGCGCGGCCGCAUCCUCGACGCCGUGCCCGUGGAUAAUCCGCCCAUCGACCUCUUCACCAAGGGCAUGUGGGUCGACGUGCCCCGGCAGGCGCUCGACAUCCUGCAGAGCCACCGACUGAACGUCGCGGCGGCGAUCCACGCCGCCGAACACGCCAUCCUCUCUCUGCUUCCGACGUUUGUGCUUUCGUCGCCGGGCGAUGUGCGGACGGAAUGCAAAGUCGCGAAAAAGGAGAUCAAGGCAAUGCAAGGGAACGGUAGUUCUUCUAAAGACUAUAAUCAAGAUGGCGUUGUUCCCGAUCUACUACCUCCCUCUCGCCAACGUCCCGCCCGAUUGACCUUCUACGACGCCAAGGGCGGGCCCUGCGGUUCCGGGAUAGCAAGCAAGGCCUUUGAGUUUGUCGAUCUGCUCCUACGCCGCGCCCUGGGGCGGAUCGAGUCCUGCGCCUGUGUCGCCGCGGGGGGGUGUCUUGAGUGCGUCUGUGACGAGCGGUGCAAGGAGGCCAACCAGGUGAUGAGCAAGGCGGGCGCGGGCGUCAUUCUGAAAUGUCUCCUUGGUGUCCAUGUUGACGUCGAGCUGUUGCCCUUUGGCGAGGGGAGGGAUGGCGAGUUAAUUGGUGGGUUGGAGACUGUUGUUCCUGCAACGGAGGUUCCUUUAAAAAGAUAA